GAGAAGAUUCAAAAACAACAGAAUCCGUCAGAUUGUAAAAAGGCCAAAUAUGUAACAUUUGACUUCACUAAUUUGUGUGGAUUGGGUUGUUGCAUGCAUCAACUCAUGUACUGCUUACAAUUGGCUCUUGAAAAUGAGCGUGUUCUAGUAUUGAAGAAACAUUAUCCUGGAGACCCAUUUCGAGAAUGGCUUCAUCAGAACAUGUUACCACUUUCUGACAAAUGCAGUUAUUUGGACUCAGAUGGUAGAUCAGAUAACAUCAAUUGUCCUUGGAUUGUAAAGGCUCCCCAAGUACAUAACUGGUUGCCACAUGUUCUCCCGAUAGAUAUGAAUAAAGAAUUAUUACGUUUACACGAGGCACCCUUUGUUUGGUUUGCUGGUCAACUAGCAGCCUACAUUUUGCGUCCAAAACCACAAUUUGCACAAUUAAUCAAUGUAACCUUGAAGAGCUUUAAAACGAGUGGUGAUCCUGUUGUUGGCGUGCAUAUCAGGCGUACCGAUAAGUUAAUUUGGGAAGCUCAGUUUCAUAACUUAUCCGAGUACAUGGAACACGUGGAUAAUUUCUUUGAUUUACAAAGUGUUCAUCUCUUGACAAUGUCAAAGAGACAUUUUUUCUCUGAACUCAAUUUAACUUCAUUGAAUAAUCAUAAUGAUGAUUGUAAUGUGUUCUUUGGUUUAUUAUGUGCUAUACCAAUGGGAUUACAUGUUCGUGCAAUUGAUUUAUUUAAAGAACGUGAUGAAUUAUUAGAUUUAAAUACAUUGAAAUAUGGAUUAUCCACUAUGGAAAAUGAAGAAUGGCUUGAUCAAUUACGUGUUUCAAAACGAUGCGAUAAAAAUGACACAUACAUUAAUGAUCAGUUAUACUGGUAUCAUCAAAUUUGUGUACUCCUGUUAUUUUUAGUAUUAUUUCUUGGAACAGCUGGUGUAUAUGCACUGAUCUUUCUAUUUGUCUGGAGGCAUGAAUCAUUUAUGUAUGAGAAAUAUGGUAAUCCAAAAAUGAAAGGCAAUUGGGUACGUAUACAUGCUACACCAAAUUCUUCAGGUGAUAUAAAUGAAUCCAAAUGGAAUUCAAUUAAAAAACGAAUAUCAUUUCGUAAAAAGUUAAAAGAAUCAAAUGAUUUACAACAUGAACAAGAAGAUAAACAAAAUUCUAGUGUCUUUGAACAUGAAGAAAGACAACAAUUGGAACUUCAGGACCGUCAACAAUAUGGACAGAGUUGCUUUGAACACUUGUCUAGUUUAUCAUUACCUCAACCAUAUCUAAAACAACAAACUUUGAGAAUUCAUCAACCUCUAACAGAUAUGACAACAUCGACAAGUUUUGUCACAUCUAAUUUAGACAGAAUAAGUUGUGUGUGUUUAUGUGAAAGAGAUAAUAACAAUGGAUUGAUUAAAACUAGUCAGUGUUCAAUUCCUAAAGAUAAACUAUUCAAUGACAAUAAUACUGAUAAAGAUAAUGAAGAGUCACAUUGUUUAAAGCUACCUGGCAAUAAGAAAACCCAGUGUACUAUAGAAAUAAAUAAUCCUCAAUUAUCAAGAAUUGAAUUGUCAGCAGCUAAUCUAGAACGUAGACGUAAACCACAUGUUCGUACAGCUCAAACAUUAGCAUUAGUUGCAGCAAAUUUCAUUAUAUCUUAUACACCAUAUCUUGUUUAUACAACAAUGCCAAUACAAAAAAGACAAGUAGUUCUUUUAAAAGAUAAACCACAUUGGACUAUUCAAGUAAGACGUAUACUAUUUUACAUGUAUUUCAUUAAUUCUGCAUUGAAUCCAAUCAUUUAUUCUUGUAUGAAUAGACAUUUUCGUGUUUGUAUAAUAAAGUUUUAUACAGAUUUAAAGAUAACAUUGUAGUGUCGCUUGACAUGUCAGGCUCCCAUAUUCCUUAUUCUGGCUUUCGGACAGGCCAAUCUACUCAUUGUACUUGAGUCAUAUUUUUACCGUGUUAACUAUUCGCUUACCAAUCUUGACUGUUUUUAUAUGAGCGCAUAUCUGUGUGUAAAUUUCUUAUCCUAUUCAUCAUAUGUCUGUAACUUAUUUUUGUGUGAUUAUACAUAUUGAUUAACUCUUGGUUAAAAGGGGAGUUGGCUUCCUAGCCAUCUCCAUUCUGCGUCUUUUCUCUUCGUUCUGUUCCAUUCGCUUUAUAUAAAAAAUAUGUGUAUUCAAAAGUCC